GGCGGCCGCGAAGGGCUGAGGUGAUGGAGCGGAAGCGCAGUCUGGAUUUUUGGCCGGCGGCGGGGCUCGACGACGGGGAUCCAGCGGAGAAGAAGCGGCUCCUGCUGUGUGCGGACUUCACCACCGUCGCCAGCUGCGAGGCUGCCGUGGCGCGGCGCUACCUGGCCGAGAACGCCUGGGAGAUGGAAAGGGCGCUGAACGCCUACUUCGAGCCUCGGGCGGAGGGCGAAGCCCCACGCCGCUCCGAGGCCGCGCCCACGGCCGCGCAGGUGUGCUGCGUUGACCUCACCAACGAGGAGCCAGCCCACCCCGCCGGCUCUGGAGGCAGCGCGCCUGAAUGCCUUCGGCAGGAGGACGGCAGCGCCUUCUCCUUGGUCACCUGGAACAUCGACGGGCUGGACCUGUGCGGGCUGCUGGAGAGGGCCAAGGCCGUGUGCGCCUCCCUGGCUCUGUACAGCCCGGACGUGGUGUUUCUGCAGGAAGUUAUUCCCCCCUAUUACAGCUUCCUGAAGAAGAGAGCAAGGAACUACACGGUUAUUACAGGUCAUGAAGAAGGAUAUUUCACAGCCAUAAUGUUGAAGACAUCGAGAGUGACAUUUAAAAGCCAAGAGAUUAUCCCUUUUCCAAAUACAAACAUGAUGAGAAACCUUUUGUGUGUGCAUGCCAGUGUCUCGGGGAACGAACUGUACCUCAUGACGUCCCAUUUGGAGAGCACCAGGGCGCACGCCCAGGAACGAAUGAAUCAGCUCAAAAUGGUUUUAAAGAAAAUGGAGGAGGCUCCGGAGUCAGCGACAGUGAUAUUUGCAGGAGACACAAACUUAAGGGAUCGUGAAGUGACCCAGUGCGGCGGCCUGCCCAGCGGCAUCUCGGACGUGUGGGAGUUUUUGGGCAAACCUAAGCAUUGCCAGUAUACGUGGGACACACAGGCGAACUCGAACCUGGGAAUACGUGCCAUCUCCAAGCAUCGUUUUGACCGAAUCUUUUUCAGAGCAGCCGCAGACGGCGGCCACAUCAUUCCCCAAAGUUUGGAUCUCCUCGGGCUGGAGAAGCUGGACUGUGGCAGAUUUCCCAGCGACCACUGGGGUCUCCUGUGCAGCUUGGAUGUGAUACUGUGAAGUCUCCAGAGCUCUGAGUCAGUCUCUGCUGGGGAUUUGCAAAGAUGAUCUCUACCUGCUUGGAACGUCGGGUUUCGUACAGAAGAAUAUACUGGAUCACUGGAAGAGGAGAAAAACUACUGUGAUUUUAUUUUGUGAAUUGCGUCCUUAGAGUCCAGAACUAAACUUUAAUGUUUAUUUCAACAAAAUACUUGCACUCAGACUGAGGCCUCGGGGGGAAGGGCACGACAGCUGUCCGCAGGGGUCGCGGUGUCUCAGGGUGGCCUUCAGGGUUGAUUGAUUUUACGAAUCGGGAGCGAAGAUAGUUUGUAUUAUAAAUGAGUCUUCCAAGGGAAGAAAUGGGCGGUUUCUGAGUCCUUGGGACUGGGUCUUCGGUGCCACCGCACAGGCUGAGGUUGGCCAGGCGGCCCUGGGCGUCCGUCGGCGGAGACGCGGGCGGCCCCCUGCUGUCAGACCUUGUGUUUGUCCCCGCGCUGUGCCUGCCCAGGGAGCUGUUCGCAAACUCAUGCUUUAAAAUUCCUUAACUUUUUAAAAUUCACGUUUGUAGCUGUGUGGCCAGAAGAGUGAAGUCAGGCCCGAUGAGAAUUAAAGUCGGUUUUAUAGCAGCUCUGGACUUUUUUUGGAGAGAAUAAAUGUGUCAAGCGAAACAGCCUCUUGGUUUUGCCACUCUAAAUUAUUUUACAAGAGGUGAGGAGCACUUGUAAAUGUGCUUGAAGGAAAUUUUUUUCCCCCAUAAGAGAAAAGUGCCUUAAAUAAAGAUUUCUAUUUGUUCAUAGGGUGUUUUGGUGCCCCAGUGGGGCUGCGUGUUUCCCUCCGGUUUCUGGCUCCAGCACCACGGUCGCCUGCGCGUGGGAGCGCGCGGCUUUGUCCCGCUGCCUCUGCCGCGGCCAGGAAGUGUCUGUAGUGUGGACUUUCUUGGCCUAAAAAGGAAAGCCAGGGAGAGGAAUACCAGAAUGAGAAGUAACAGAAUCUUUAUUUUCAGCAGGGGCAUCAAGAUUCACAAAUAAAACACCUCAAAAAAGACAAGCUGAAUGUAUACAGAAUGUUGCCUUUGUAGUGACAAGGAAAAGGAGUUUUAUACGUUAAUCAUUAGAAAUAAAAUGAGUGCUAAUAUUUUAG